ACCGCACCAUUCUUCAUCUUCAUCACCUACGUCCGUCCGAAAUCGAGAAAUCGCGACAAGAUAAACCAAAACCAAAUUUGCUUUUUCCGAGUGCUCUCAGAGAGAGAGAGAGAGAGAGAAUCUGCGAGCUCGGAAUUAGGGUUUGGAGCUGAAAGGAAUCAUGACGGAGGUUGUUGUGCACAUAUACGAUGUGACCAACAGUGGAUCUGAGAAGACUAACAACACCAUUCUCCAGAUCAACAGGUUCUUCAAAGACGGCAUCGGUCUCGGCGGCAUCUUCCACAGCGCCAUCCAGGUGUAUGGGGAUGAUGAAUGGUCUUUUGGGUAUUGUGAACAAGCAACCGGAGUGUUCAGCUGUCAUAGUACCAAGAAUCCUAUGUACACUUAUCGUGAGAAGAUUCUUCUUGGGAAGACGGAUUGCACUAUCUUCAUGGUUAAUCAGAUAUUGCGUGAGCUCAGCAGGGAAUGGCCUGGACAUACUUAUGAUCUCUUGUCUAAAAAUUGUAAUCACUUCUGUGAUGUACUCUGUGACAGGCUUGGUGUGCCAAAACUCCCAGGUUGGGUGAAUCGCUUUGCUCAUGCUGGCGACACAGCCUUGGAAGUUGCAGGAAACACAGCAAUGCGGGUAAAGCAAGCCAAAACUGAGCUAGUGUCAGCCAGUAAAGUGGCUUAUCGCUUCCUUUCAAAUAUUACAUCGAAUGUAACCAACGGCUCUCCGCAACGGCCUGGAACUCUUAGCAGUUCAGAGAAUGGGAACUUGAGAUUACAAGGUAGUUGGUUCAAAGGGUUACUUAACACUGCCAAACCCUCCACAAGUACAGAGAUGGAGAGCAAAGAUGAAGAUGCAAAUCACGGAGCCCCCAAUCAUCAGAGAAAACAAAGCCGUGACUCUGUACCCAUCCACCCUACUGCAUUUGGGUAAAACUGUAUAUCCCAUUGGUCGAGAAGUUACACGUACUAUUCUUCUCCUCAUCUGUAUCCAUUCCUUUUGUACCUUUAUUGGAACGCCAUGUUUAUUACUUUUCAGCAGAAAGUGUGAUUUUGUUAAGUUACCAUUCACCACGUUGUUACUGGCAAUUCUACAUA